CAUCAGCCAAUGAGCCGCACCUGCAGCGGUCCGCAACCACAAGAGGUGCGCCCACGUACGCGCUCCUUCGUGCGCAGCCCACACAGCAAUCUCAUCUGACCAGCUCCAGGUUCGCUCGCCCACGCGCGGACAGAUCACGUCACGUCACGUCCCAACGACCUUUCGAACACGAUGGCGUUUAAAGGCAGCAACGGCGUGGCCGUGGAGAGACGCGCGGAUCUGGCGUCCCUCUUCUGCAUGAUCGGGCGACACGGUCCGGCCGUCGCUCUGGCCGUGUUCGCCGUGGUGUCCGUACUGGCGGGUUUUGUCAUUUACCGAACCGUGAGGGGAAGGAGGAGGAGAAAAAAGAAGACCGCCGCAGGAAGCGAGACGGACCGAAAGAGAAGCAUCGGGGAGAGCGACGAGGCGGUGACGCAAUCAGAGCUAGAACCGCAAGCGUGUGCGACUUCAACAGAUGUUGAUGAUGAGGCAAAAGAGGAGCAUGAUCCCGCUGAGGCUCACCACCAAGUCAGACGUCGUGCUGCUCCUGCUGAGAAGAACUCGUCACCCUGCGCGACUGACAUCCAAACACGGUCCAACCAACAUGCAACAUCAUCGCGAGUGGAGUCUGCGUCUUCCACAGAAGCUCGCGUGUACUCCGAAGAGCCCAGUCAGAGUCUGCCAAGUGUUGCGUCAGAAAUACAGAGGGAAUCCGCUUCCGUUUACCAUCCAAUAACAAAAGAUUACACAAUUAAGGACGAAGAUAUUUCAGAUGGCAACUUGAAGGAGCCCGAGGCAAUUCAGGAUCAUAUGUGUCAAGAAGUAAGAACUCAUGUUUGUUGCUCAAAUUGUACUUUCACCUGAAGCUGGGUACACACACUGAGAAUUUUUCCUGAUAAUCAAAGUAGGCAAAAUGGUCACCGCAGACAUUACUGAGCACAAAAUACAACCCCCCACCAUAUUCAAUCAAGGACAUGCAAAUGUAAAACUUUUUUUGUGACAACAGUGACUCGGAUGACUCAAGUUUGAAUUUCAUGUUUUCUUCUUUAGGUAGAACAACCUGAAGAAGACCAGAACGUAAACACGGAUGCGGAUUCUUCCAAGACAACCAGACAAGAGCCUUUGUCAAGUAACGCGGAGCGCUUUGAGCAAACCCUUCCAAAGAGAGACAAAGAAGAUCAAAACAAAAA